CUUCUUUUCCUUGAUAAUCUCUUUGCAGAUUGCCAAGUGAUGGGACUGACCAGUCAGCGUCUUCAUCAAAGGUGGUACACGCACAGAAGAUUGAGCCUAUGAAAAUUUCUGAUCUUAACCAAUUCGUUAUUACCGCUGAUCCUCAGGUCGUUGAGUUUUUGUGUACGGCUAAACUGACUGAAAUACAAGUAGCAGAGGGUUGGUGUUAUAUUGGCUGCUCUGUUUGCUCCAAGAAACUCAUCCGAGAGGAGACCUCAUUUACAUGUGCUCCAUGCAAUGAGACCAAUGCUGUUGCUCAACUCAGGUACCGGGUGAUACUCUCUGUGUCAGAUGAGACUGGCAUAGCGGCUUUUCUUGGAUUUGACACAGAGAUCACUAAGCUGACUAAUGUUUUAGCUGCUGAAGCUGCACAGAUUGUGGGGGUAGGUCUUAAUGCUCAGGUUGACACUGAUCUGCCGCGAGUACUGUCUGAACUUGUGGGAAAAACAUAUACUUUCCAGCUCAAGCUAAAGGAAUUCAAUUUUACUGCGCACCACCAGACAUUCACCAUUUCCCGCAUAUUCCCUGCACGUGAUCUCGCCCCUCUUCUAACAUUUGCUGAAAAUGUUGAGGUUCACGAGCGAGCCCAUCUUCAGAAUGUGGCACCGGGAACAGAUGACAGAGCUGCAAUCACGUCCGAUGUUGCAGAGGUGUCCACCGCAGGUGAUGGUACACUCACCGGUCGUGAAGCAGAAGCGAAUGAACACGAUGCUGCGGAAGAUAACGCCUCUAAGAAAGCACGAGUUGAAUGAGUAUCAUCGCAGAAUCCAGACAACCAGUCUCAAUCAGUUGUUGUUUUCAUCUUUCAGUUUCGCUUUUGCCAUUUUUUUUCUUCUGAACAAAACUCUGAGUCGUGGUUGUCCUUUUUCUUUUAUCAAAUAAAAUCUUAAAACAAUCGACAUGUGCAUGUGUUCGAUUUAUAUAUUCCAUCUUCGUGACUUUAUUA